GGGGUUUUGGAAUCGGCCGACGGCGGCAGACGGAUCCACCGCAUCCCGACGUGAGUUUCCAUGGGUUGCUGCUCCUCGAAAGACGACGUGAUCCCGGACGGCACGGGCGGGUCGACCCCGACGCACACGCGAAAGUGCCGCGACGUGCUGUGCUGUGUCGUGUUCCUCGUGUUUUGGCUCGGCAUGGCGGUGUUGGCCAUCGUCGGCGUCGCGAACGGUACCCCGGAGCGUUUGCUUUUUGGCACCGACUUCAACGGCACCGUGUGCGGCACGGGACGGUUCCAGGACUCGACGUAUCUCUACUUUCCGCGCAUCAACGACGACCUCCUGGCGCAGACGGCGCACGGCAUCGCACCGCUCGACAUGAAGUUCUACGGUCUUUGCGUGCCAUCUUGCCCCGUGCAAGGCGACUACAUCUGCGCAUACACGGCGGAAGCCCAGAUCCGCGCGGCCAACCCGUCCGUGACAGACCCAGCGGGACUCAAAGCCCUACGGGCGGCUCGCGCCAACUCGCUGAGCAACCGCAUGGGCCUGACUACGGCCGAUUGCUGGUCGGUCGCGCUGCCGUCCGAAGUCGUGGCCUUCCGCUGCUUGCCCGUCCAAGUGACUGUCGAAAACACGACCGAAGUGUGCGUCGAUCCCGGCGACUCGCCCGAGUAUUACAAGGUGUCGAACGGAGUCCAGGUGCCCAACGACAAGUGCAACUUGAAAAAGACGCUCACGAGGUCCGAGACGGUGGGCCAGGCCAACUCGAACCCGAUCUUUGACAAGAUGCAGUCCGCGGGCGCCCUCGUCGGCCGGUUCAUCGCCGACAUUCAAAAGACGUACGGCGAGCUCCUAGGCAUUGGCGGCGGCGGCGCGCUCGUCCUCGGCUGGCUCUUUCUUUUCUUUAUGAAGUGCUGUGCGGGGUGCGUGAUCUGGUUUGUCCUGGUCGUGGUUGUGCUGCUCCUGGCGAUCCUGUCGGCGUUUUUCCUCGUGAAAGGCGGGAUCAUCCACUCGUCCGACAUCAGCGCCGUCACGACCGCCGUCGACGUCCAAGUACCCGCGACGCUCGCCCAGUCGCACGAGAACGCAAAGGUGUACCAAGGCGCGGCAGUCGUCAGCAUCGUCCUGACCGUGAUCGCGCUCCUCAUCGUGUGCUUUAUGCGCAAACGCAUCAAGAUCGCGAUCGGCAUCAUCCGGGAGGCAUCCCGUGCGAUCCAACGCCUUCCGUUCCUCGUGCUCUUCCCGCUCAUCCCGGUCGUCCUCAUUCUCGGACUCUUCAUCUACGCCACCGUCAUCGGCGCGUAUAUCUACAGCGCCGACGGCAAUGUGUCCCUGACAGCUGCGCUCGCGUCCGUGGGGGUCCCAACUUCGAACGCCACGACGUCGCUGACGACGGCAUGGGCGGCGCAACUAAACGCGACAACGACGACGUCGGCGGCUGUCCAACCCAAGCAGCUCAUGCAAAUCAUGGUCGCGUACCACUUCUUUGGCUUUCUCUGGACGAACCAAGUGAUCCAAGCCAUCUCGAUGACAACGAUCGCGGGCGCCGUGAGCAAAUACUACUGGAGCCGCGACCACACCGCGGCGCAAAUGGGGCGGUUCCCUGUCCUGUCAGCGUUCACCAACUGCUUUCGUUACCACUUUGGGUCGCUCGCGUUUGGAUCGUUCAUCAUUGCGGUCGUCCAGUUCGUCCGGGCCGUCCUCAUGUACGUUGACCGGCAGACGAAGCAGCUGCAGAAGUCGAACGUCGCCGUCCUGGUCGCGCUCAAGGCGGUCGCGUGCUGCCUCUGGUGCCUUGAAAAGGUCCUCAAGUUCAUCUCCAAGAACGCGUACAUUGUGAUCGCGAUGAAGGGGCGGAGCUUCUGCGGCGCGACGCGGGAAGCGUUCUCGCUCAUCUUUGCCAACAUGGCGCAGGUCGCGAUCACGUCAACGAUCGUCAACAUGGUCGUCGUCGUCGCUCGAGUCGCAAUCUCCGUCGGGUGCGCGCUGCUUUUGUUUCUGUAUCUCGACCAUGACGCCGCGUUUGACGUUGGCGGCGCGCGGGAGCUGUCGUCCGUGUUCCCGCCGGUCGUCCUCGGCUUCGUCCUCGCCUGGUUUGUCGCAGGGACGUUCCUCGGCGUGUACGAGAUGUGCGUCGACACGAUCCUCCUCUGCUUUUGCGAAGACCGCCGCAUCAACAACGAGACCGGCCAGUACUACAUGUCCAAGGAGCUUGCGGCGUUCGUGGACAAGGUUGCCAAGGCCAAGAAGGCGGUGGACGGGGAAGGAGCGCCGCCGCCCGCUUCCACUGAACGCGUCGUCGAAGUGUCGCCCAAGAAGGAAGCUCCCAACCCAGACAUUUAGGCACGGCGCGUAAUACAAUCUGUGGUGCAUUGGA